AUGGCCCCUCUCAACUCCCGGCAGGCGUCAACGGUGUUCGCGAAAACUCAGGUGGCCGCAUCCUGCACCCAAAGGAAACUACAAAUCCCAGGAGGCCAAGCGGCAGCCAUAUCUCCGCCCAACUCCCCGCACGCGUCAACCGAGUUCCUGAGCGAGGAGGAGAGGAGACAGAUCGCCGCUGUCAUGUCAAGGGCGCAGGGGCUGCCCGAGGGAAGCGUCCCCGCGGCCGCUGCGGAGUCGCCCUCCAUGCACAGGCACGCACAGCAUGAUGGAGAGCAGCCCCUUCCAGCAAAGCCUCAGCCUCAGCAGCCCCUUCCAGCAAAGCCUCAGCCUCAGCAGCCCCUUCCAGCAAAGCCUCAGCCUCAGCAGCCCCUUCCAGCAAAGCCUCAGCCUCAGCAGCCCCUUCCAGCAAAGCCUCAGCCUCAGCAGCCCCUUCCAGCAAAGCCUCAGCCUCAGCAGCCCCUUCCAGCAAAGCCUCAGCCUCAGCAGCCCCUUCCAGCAAAGCCUCAGCCUCAGCAGCCCCUUCCAGCAAAGCCUCAGCCUCAGAAGCCCCUUCCAGCAAAGCCUCAGCCUCAGCAACCUACCCCAGCAAAACCCCAGCCUCAACAGCCCACUCCAGCAAAGCCCCAGCCUCAACAGCCCACUCCAGCGAAACCCUCAGCUCAACAACCUGUCCCCCCAAAACCCUCAGCUCAACAGCCUGUCCCCCCAAAACCCUCAGCUCAACAGCCUAUGAAACCAACAAGCCAAACGGUCACUGAAAGACCUCUGCAACCACCACCACCUUCGGCAGCACAGACUCCAGGACAAGAUAUCUCUAAAACCAUCUGUCCCCUUUGCAACACCACUGAACUUCUGUUGCAUAUUCCAGAUAAGGCCAAUUUUAACACAUGCACUGAGUGUCAGACCACCGUGUGUAGCCUCUGUGGUUUUAACCCCAAUCCUCACUUAACUGAGAUCAAAGAGUGGCUCUGUUUAAACUGUCAGAUGCAAAGAGCUCUAGGAGGUGAACUGGCUCCAAUCCCAUCCUCACCCCAUCCCAGUCCGAAAGCUGCCUCUGUACCUCCUGCAGUGGCAGCCAGCAAGCCACCUGUACCAUCACAGCCAGCAUCCCCAAAGAAGGAACCUCCACCCAAACAGGAGAGCCCCAAAGCACCUGAGUUGAAAAAGCCACCGCCACUGGUGAAGCAACCAACCCUUCAUGGACCUGCCACAGUUACAGCCCCAAAGCCUUCAGUGGCAGAGGCCUUACCUGCAGCAUCCCUACCAGAACAAGACAAGGCCCCUGUUCCAGAUGUUAAACCAAAGCAGCCCAAGAUGGCAGAGCAGCGUGCAGAUGUCCAAUCCUCAGUAGCAGCAGCAACAAAGUCUGAUGUUCUGAGCUCUCAAGUGCAGCCUCAGGCACAAGAGCAGGCAACACCUCCUUUAAAAACAGACUCUGCCAAGCCCUCCCAAAGUUUCCCGCCAACAGGUGAAAAAAUCACACCAUUUGAUUCUAAAGCCUUGCCUAGGCCUUCAUCAGACUCAAAAAUUAUUUCACAUCCUGGACCCAGUUCUGAGAGCAAGGAUCUAAAACACAUUGACCCAACUCACAAGAAGGAAGAGCCCAAGAAAACACAAACCAAAAUGAGUCCUAAACCAGAUGCCAAACCAGUGCCAAAAGGGUCACCAACACCCUCUGGCCCAAGACCUACCACUGGCCAAGCUGUAUCCCCAUCUCAGCAGUCCCUAAAGCCUCAGGAGCAAUCAAGACGUUUCAGUUUGAAUCUGGGCAGUAUCACCGAUGCCCCCAAAUCACAACCCACAACUCCUCAAGAAACUGUGACUGGGAAACUGUUUGGGUUUGGAGCAUCCAUCUUUAGCCAAGCAUCAAACUUAAUUUCCACAGCAGGUCAGCCCGGGCCUCCUCCUCAGACUGGGCCAGUGGUCCCAACAAAGCCAGUCCCUACCCCAUCACAGACUCCUGCUGCUCAUGGACCACCCAAGUCUACUGGUCAGUUCCCACCAGCACCUGCCAAGGCCAUGCCUGUGAAGAAGGAAACAAAAGCUCCAGCAGCUGAAAGCUCAGAGUCCAAACCUGAGCCAGCUCUAGCAGUGAAGAAGAUAGAGAAAGACAAGAAGCCCCCACCUGGUAAGGUCAGCAAACCUCCACCUGCUGAGUCUGAAAGUGCUCUGCUCACCCACAAGCCGGAUAAGAUCACCAAAGUUGAGGCGAACUGCCCUCUCUGCAAAACUGAACUCAACAUAGGCUCUCAGGAGCCCCCCAACUUCAACACCUGCACAGAAUGCAAGAGUCAAGUGUGCAAUCUCUGUGGAUUUAACCCAACACCCCACUUGACUGAGGUAAGAAACACCUACAGUACAUAUGGAUAAGAUGAUAGAUGAAUAUUAUUCUGAAUAUUUAGGACUAUUUAUUUCUGAGCAAUAAAAAGGUUUGUACUGAAAAAAAGAAAUGAAUAUUGCUAUCUCAGAAGAGAUUAAAAAUAUUUCCUCCACACAUUAUUAAGAGUUCUUGUUCUUUGUGCUUUUAUGGGUUAUUACUUAAACUAAAAGUAAGAGAUGGACUAUCCUAGAAAACUAAAGUGAUAGUGACCCUAGUCUUUUAUUAAUUAAAGACCCAAGUGAGGAAGGCUCUUUAGUUUUCAUACGGGAAAUCUACAUAAAACUUGUAAUACAUAGUUCUCAUUUUCUAUAAUCCAUCUUCUGUCUUUAAUAUAGUUUAUUUUUUAAAUUUAUUUUACCUUACUUUGGAAUUCAUGAUCCUUGCUUCAACCUCUGAGGUCGUGAGAGGUUGGGCAUAUGCUACCACACUAUGGUCUUUAAUUCAUUUUCAAAUAGAACUUUGGUUGAUUAGAUUCAUAUACAUUAUGAACAAAAUUGUUGAAACCUUUGUGUAAGUUAAGUACAUUAUCUGGUAAGAUUAGUGGUUCACAUAUGAUUUUCUCUAUGUCUGUUGGUGAUGUUGUCUGUUGAUUAUAAUAGAGUACAUUUCUGGGAGCUGUGGGAGACAAAUAUGUUCCUGUGACUAAUGAGAAGAAGACACUCUAAUGAAUGGUGUCAAGAACGCUAUCUCCACAAUGAAAAUAAUCAAAAUAGAGUUUGUGACUCUCUCCCUGAUAAUGUAGAUGUCAAUGAGUGAAUGAGUAAACAUCCAUAUCAUGCUAAGGCUAUUAGAAUCUUCGGAUAUAGGAUACUCAAGGGUGAAAUGACUACUACUACCUUAGAUAAAUAAAAACAAUGCCUUAAUAAAUAUUUCUAAAAUUAAAACAAGUGCACAUUACUUUUUAUUUUUCCUUUUAUUUGUCUCACUGUCUUACAUCUUGGCCACAGUUUUCCCUACCUCCUUACCUCUCAAUCCCUCCCACCAACCUAUCCACCCCCAUUCACUCCCCCUCCUCCAUUUCUUUUCAGAAAAGGGCAGACUCCAAUGGAUAUCAACCAUCUGUGGUAAAGCAACUUGCAGUGAGACUAGCCACCCCCUUUCCUAUUAAGCCUCAAAGAGGCAAUCUGGGAGGAGGAAAGGGUCCCAAAUGCAGAUGGCAGUGUCAGAGACAGUCCUUACUCCCACUAUUAGGAGUCCCACUAGAAGACCAAGCUACACAACUGUAACAUA